UGGUGGAGAUUCUGUAACUCAUGCGGACUAAUGUUUACCUGAGGAAUCUCAGCGUCAAGAACAAGAAACUUUCCGAGAUGCAACAAAUAAUCAAUAACUGCAUUUGCUUGCUCAAUAUGGCAGAAUGUGCGCGAUAACUCAGGUUACACAGUAACAGAAACGAAAGUGAAACACUCUUCUCUGAAUCAGUUUACUUUCUGUUCUGACAAAGGAGGAAGCAACCGACAAGCUCCGUUUAAAGAAAAAUGGCGCAAGGAGAUAUUGAUGAGGGGUUAUAUUCUCGACAGCUCUACGUGAUUGGCCAUGAUGCAAUGCGUCGUAUGGGAAAGGCUGAUGUCCUCAUUGCUGGAAUGCGAGGUCUUGGCGUGGAGAUUGCCAAAAACGUGAUCCUGGCUGGAGUUAGAACAGUUACAAUUCAGGAUGAGGGUGUAGUAGAGUGGAGAGAUUUGUCAUCUCAGUUUUAUCUGAAGGAAGCUGAUCUGGGUCAGAACCGGGCUUUGUGCUCUGAGAAACAGUUGUCGAGUCUGAACGCCUAUGUUAAAGUGUCCGCCUCGACUAACAAACUUGAUGAGAACUUCCUUAGCAAGUUCCAGGUUGUGGUGCUCACAAGUUCACCUUUAGAUGAGCAGCUACGUGUGGGAGCGUUUUGUCACUCAAACAAUAUAAAGUUUAUUGUGGCUGACACCAGAGGACUCUGUGGGCAGUUGUUCUGUGACUUUGGCGAAUCGUUUGAAGUCAUUGACACAAAUGGAGAUCCUCCAGUUUCAGCCAUGAUUUCACAUAUCAGCAAGGAGAAUCCAGGUGUUGUAAAUUGCACCGAUGAGGAAAGCCACGAGUUCACUGAUGGCAUGUUUGUGACUUUUUCUGAGGUUCAAGGCAUGACUGAACUCAACAAUUAUGGCCCUGUUGAGAUCAAAGUAAGGGACAGCUACUCCUUCAGUAUUUGUGACACUUCAAACUUUUCUGACUAUGUGAAGUGUGGAGUGGCAACUGAAGUCAAACAGCCUGAAAUCUUGAGCUUUAAACCUCUGAAUGUGGCUUUGGAUGAAGCCCUCCGUGAUCCCGGUCUUGUAGAGAUGACAGACUAUGGUAAGACACAAAGACACCUGUCUCUUCACCUGGCCUUUCAAGCCCUGCAUAAAUUCACUCAGAAAUACAGCCGGACACCCCAUCCUAGAUCUCAGGCGGAUGCUGAAGUGCUGCUUACCAUCACAAAAGAGCUUUGCACAGAGGCUAAGUUUGAUGAGCUUGAUGAAGACGCUGUGAGGAAUUUGUCUCUGGUUGCCAGCGGGGAUCUGGCACCCGUCAAUGCCUUCAUUGGAGGUCUGGCUGCUCAGGAGGUGGUGAAGGCGUGCAGUGGUAAAUUCACUCCUCUCAGACAGUGGCUGUACUUCGAUGCGCUGGAAUGUCUUCCUCAAGAGGAGGGUGGAGUUCUUUCUGAAGAUGCUUGUGCUCCUAGAGACAGCCGAUAUGAUGGCCAGAUUGCUGUGUUUGGAUCUGAUUUUCAAAACAAACUGAAGAAGCAAAAGUAUUUUCUGGUUGGAGCUGGAGCAAUUGGUUGUGAGCUGCUGAAGAACUUUGCUCUGAUUGGUCUGGGUGCAGGAGAGGGCGGGAGCAUUACUGUGACUGACAUGGACUCCAUCGAGCGAUCAAAUCUGAAUCGACAGUUUCUGUUCCGCUCUCAGGACAUUGGGAGGCCGAAGUCUGAGGCAGCGGCAGAAGCUGUUAAAGAGAUGAACCCUUUCAUGAACAUCAUUGCUCAGCAGAACCGUGUGUGUGCAGAGACGGAGGAGGUUUACACACAUUCAUUCUACACUGGUCUGGAUGGUGUGGCUGCAGCGCUGGAUAAUGUAGAUGCUCGGGUUUAUCUUGACCAAUGUUGUGUGCGAAACAAAAAGCCCAUGCUGGAGGGAGGAACUCUGGGUAGCAAAGGCCACACUAUGGUUGUAGUGCCACGCCUGACCGAAUCAUACGGACUCUCCUCAUCUGGAGGACAGAAAGCCAUUCCCAUCUGCACACUCAAGAACUUCCCUCACCGUAUAGAGCACACACUACAGUGGGCCAGAGACCAUUUCGAAGGACUUUUCAAGCAAACAGCACAGAACGUGAACAACUUUCUCAGUGAUCCAGGGUUUGUGGAUCGUACAGUGGCCCGUGGAGAUGUGGAGGCUGUGGAGAUGCUGGAGGGCGUCUAUAGGAGUCUGAGCGAUGACUGGCCUGAGAACUGGAAAGACUGCAUCAGCUGGGCCCGCAGACAAUGGGAAACUCUCUACAACAAUCACAUCAGACAACUGCUGCACUGCUUUCCUCCUGACCAGCUAACAAGCUCUGGACUUCCGUUUUGGAUGGGUGCAAAGAGAUGUCCACACGCCUUGACCUUUGACACUAACAAUGCCACCCAUAUGGAUUUCAUCAUCGCGGCUGCCAAUUUAUAUGCACAGAUUUUUGGGAUUACAGGAUCAAGAAAUCGUGCUGAUAUUCAGACCGUUCUUCAGGGAGUAAAAGUGCCAGAGUUUACACCAAAAUCUAGUGUAAAGAUAGCUGUGACCGACCAGCAGCUGAAUGAGGAAAACGAGGAGAGAAAAGAGGAAGAUAAAGUCAAGCUGGGGAUGUUAAAGGAGCAGCUGUCCAAACUCCAGCUGAGGGACCGCAGUUUCCGAAUGCACCCGCAGGACUUUGAGAAGGAUGAUGACAGUAAUUUCCAUAUGGACUAUAUAGUUGCAGCAUCCAACCUGAGGGCAGAAAACUAUGAUAUACCGACAGCCGACCGCCACAAAAGCAAGUUGAUCGCAGGCCGCAUCAUUCCAGCAAUUGCCACGACAACGGCUGCAAUCGCAGGACUGAUGUGCUUGGAGCUCUAUAAACUUGUCCAGGGUCACAGCAAAAUCACUUCCUACCGCAACGCUUAUAUAAACCUGGCAACCCAGUACUUUGUGUUUUCACAGCCUUGUCCAGCCCCCACAUUUACCGUCGCGGGUCAGCGUUACUCUCUCUGGGACGAUUUCCCGGUCCAGGGCUGUCGUGAGGGUCAGGAGGAAAUGACCUUGGAGGAACUGCUGAAACACAUCGAGGAGGAGCAUAAGCUGAAGAUCAGCGGCUUGUAUUACGGACCUGCUGUGUUGUACAGUGAUCUCUCCAAUCAUAGCGAUCGCAUGAAGCUGAGCAUUAGUGAUUUGGUGCGCCUUGCAACCAAGCAUGAAGUUGCAGAUCACCAGCAGAUGUUGGAGAUCAUUCCCUCGUUUGAAGAGGAUGAAGACUGCCUGACGGUCCCGCCGAUCAGAUACCUGCUCAGGUGAAGCUGGAGACUGCCAAAUCACAUUUACAUUUACAAAUCACAUUUACUCACACUCUUAACUACUCCGUCAGUUCAUACACUGCAGAAAUUGUUGCUAAAAAUAAAAGCAAAUGUGCAAAAUUGAAUGAGGUUUUUCUUUAGGGGGAGAACAUACAGUUGAAGUCAGAAUUAUUUGGCCCCCUGUUUAUUUUUUCCCCACUUUGUUUAAUGGAGAGAAGAUUUUUUUCAACACAUUUCUAAACAUAAUAGUUUUA